AUGAAGGAAGACAUGGAGAAGAUGGUGGCAGUAGGCGUCGUGUGGGGCGCUACAAACGCCUUGAUCCGCCGCGGCGCUCUCGCCUGGGAUAAUAAAAAGUCUCAGAAGAAAAAAGAGUCUCCUCUUCAGAUACGGAAAAUCGUAAUCGCUCUCCGUGAUUGGAUCGAUCUCCUCCUCUUUUGGCAAUACUCACUCCCUUUCCUCGUAAAUCUAUCGGCCUCAGCCACAUUCUUCGCCCUCCUCAGCCAUGCCCCGAUUUCUCUAGCCGUUCCGGUCACGAACGCGACUACCUUUGCCGCAACCGCCGUUUUCGGGAUCCUUUUGGGGGAAAAAAUUAAAAUCGGACUAGCUUUGUUAGGUACGGCUUUUAUUGUAUUUGGGAUUUGGCUUUGCGUUGGGUCUUCUUUGCACCACUGA